AUGGCUACAAACGAUGAUUACGAAGAAAAUCUACAAAUAUUAGUAAAAAAGCAACUUGAAGAGCAAGAAAAAAUGGAACAAAAACUCCAACAACUUCGGGAUGAAAUCGAAAAAAUAAAACGUGAAGCUGAAGAAAUAGAACUGACCAAGGAGAGUAAAUAUCAAAAUAAAAUCGAAAAAAUGAAAAGUGAAGUUUGGGAUAUAAACCAAAUCCAAGUAGCAAUAGAUAAACAUAAAAUCAACAAAAGGAUACGUGAACUUGCCGUAUUAAUGAAAAUCGAAAAAACAAAAGAACAAAUCGGACCAGUAAAACAACAACUCUUAGAAACAGAAAAACGAUUCAACGAAAUCAAACUUCGGGAAAUAAAUGAAAAAAUUCGUGAAGAAUUUGAUCAUUUAAUUUUUAAUUUAUUAAAUACAUCGAAUAAUAAUACAUCACUGAAAUAUUUAAAUACAUCUUCUUCAUAUUAUUUAGAAGAUAAGUUUAAUCCUGAUUGUACAUUUAUAUAUAAAAAUAUAAAUAUCAAAAUUAAUAAAGAAGAUUCAUUUUUACAAGAUUUUAUUGUUUGUAUUGGUAAUUUAAAAUCUCCAAAUAUUUCUUUAUCAGAAGAUUCAAUAAUUGAAGAAAUAUUACAUUAUUUGAAAAUUAUAUUGACAAUUCAACAUCGUGAAAUCAUACAUGGUUUUCUAAGUAAUUAUACACAUAUCAAAUUUUUUCGUGUACACAAGGAUGAUUAUUCGAAUUCAUAUGAAUAUUUUCAAAGUCAAGAAUUCGAAAUGUUUAACUAUUUGUCUGAAACAUUAUCGUCUAUUGAUACGUCAGUAAUAACUGAAAAUAAAAGAAAAUUAGGUGUUAAUAAAGAUACAUGGAAAAUGUUUAUAAAGUUUUUAAUGGUUUUUGGCUAUUAUGAUUAUGAAGGAUUAGAAAUAGAACCUAAUGAUGAUUUACUUGGUGAUCGAUAUAUGUUAACAAAAAAAUUAGUAAAUGGUUACAAUACAAUGUCUUAUUUAUUAGAAAAAAAUCAAGAUAAUCAUUCAACUGAAGAUUCUUCACAUUAUGUAAUGAAAAUAUUAGAAACAAAUGGAGAUUCAGAACUUUUAUUAAAUGAAGUUAAAAUAACAAAAAUAUUAAAAAGAUUUAAUAAUUCAAACAAAUUUCAUUUAUUUUUUCAAAAUAUUAUUGAUCGACCAUCAUCUUCAAUUAACCAUUUAUUAUAUGAAAAAGAAUUACAAUGUAUAGAAUCAUUAUCUUUAAUACAAGCAAAACAAUUUAUUGAUAUAAUUCAUUAUCUAUAUGACUGUCGUAUUAUUCAUCGUGGUGUAACUCCAAAAAAUUUAAUGUUAGAUCGUGAUACUAAUCAUAUAAAAUUAAUUGAUUUUAGUUUUGCCAUUCAAUGUAAUAUGGCUAACAAAGGGGGCAGUAUAUAUAUAUUAGGUCCAUUUACAUAUACUAGUCAAUCAUUUUUAAAUGCUUAUUUAAAAGUUUUAACUGGAAACCGCUAUAAUGAUUAUUGUUAUGAACCAACUUUUGAUUUAAUAUCUGCAUUAAAUAUUAUAAUGACGAUGAAUAAUGUUGAUAUCAAACAAAGUAUUGAUUCAAUUGAUAUAUUAGAAGAUGAAAAGGAACGUAUAUCACAAUCAUUACAAUUAUGGAAAGAUAUUCAACGUACAAAUAAACAUUAUUCAAAUUUAUUGAAUUUAAUAAACAAGUUGGAUAUAGGGGAUUCAUUUUAUAAAUCAGAUGAAUUAUCCGUUUCUGAUAUUUCAAAAGAUGAAUCAAUUGAAUCAGAUCAAUCUUCAAUUUCCAAUGUUUCAAAAAACCAAUCAGAUCCAUCAGCAAUUUUUGAUGUUAUAAAAGAUGAAAUAGAAAAACUUUUCGAUAUAUGA